AACGUCUGUUAACUUCAGUGCCAUUUCAAUAAACGGUAGAUUUACGAACUAAAAAAAACAGUUGAAGUUCAAACACCACAUCCUUUGUUUAGAAGUGAGGCGCAGAUCAAAUUGUUGACAGGAACAGACAAGUUCUUACCGUCUAUAGUCUAUACACGCACUAACCACAAACAAUUUCAAUAAAAAAUUGAUAAAUUUAAUUUAGUGUUAAAAAAUAAAAGUGACAAAGAAUCUUCGCAUAAUGUCGCAUUACUACUCAGAUGAAGAUUACGAAGAGAUGGUGAAGUUGUACAAAAAAAAUAAGAAAAAUGCUUCCGCAGCGUCUAGAGAAUUCGCAGCUCUUCAUCCUGAUUACCCGUUUCUUCCGAAGGGAAACUUAAUUCGCAGAGCUGUCGAACGAAAGUUCCGAACUCGCCAAGCAGCUCCUGAAAAGAAGAUGUGGAUGCACGUCGAUGACAUCCCAAAAGGACCAUCAAGACCUAGAAGCCACAUGUCAAAGCGUAUGUUUGAAGAAAUCAUGGGAAUCGCCCCUGAAAAGAAAAAGCCGGCUCAAAGUAAAAAAAAAGCUGAACCUGCGAAGAAAAAUGUUCCCGCUAGAGCUGAAAAAUCAGCUAAGUCUCAGAGUCAGCUUCCCAAACAAGCUGGAAAAUAACUUUCAUCAGUUUAAAUAUCUUUUUUUUUUUAGUUUUUAAGUGUGUUUUUUGUUCAGCUUAUUUUUUUGUCAUUAUUUAAUAUAUAGUUAAAAUUAAACAAUACAGCUGAUCGGGUAAUUUUGGCUAUUGUUAACUCUCAUUAUUGUAUUUUUUAAGUAAAAUAAUAUUUUAAGAGCCAAAAAUUA